AUGGCAGAGAUGCAAAAAUUGCAUGGACUAGACAUUGGAUAUCACAAGGCGUGGCGUGCUAUUCAACAUGCUUCCGCUUUAAUAAGAGGAAGUCCCGAAGAAAAUUAUGAAUUAUUGUGUUCAUACUUGUAUAUGAUGACAAGUAAAAACCCGGGAACUUAUACUAACAUAAAGAUAGACGACAACAACAGACCAGUGAUUGCUAUUGAUGCGACUUUUUUGAAGUCAAAAUAUCGUGGUGUUUUAAUGAUUUCAGUUUCAAAAGAUGCAAAUAACCAAAUUUUCCCAUUAGCCUUUGGAAUAGCAGAAUCUGAAAACAACAAUUCCUAUGAGUGGUACUUUAGUCAGCUUCGCAAUGCAAUUGGGAGCCGUGAGAAUUUGAUUUUUUUAUCAGACAGGCAUCAAGCUAUUGCAAAUGGCAUUGUAAAGGUAUAUCCUGAAAGCCAUCAUGGGAUUUGCAUCUAUCAUUUGGAGCAGAACCUAAAGCGAAGAAAGGUGAAAAGUGAGGUCAUAAAACUUUUCCAAAGCUCUGCAAGAGUAUACAAGCGUAAAGAAUUUGACAUAUAUAUGUCAGAUAUUGCAAAUGUAGAUAGGAAAACUUAUGACUACUUGAUGGAAGAACCGCCGGAAAGAUGGGCACGUUCUUGUAGUCCACAAUGA